UGGACUAAGAGGUGAGGGCACUGUUUAAAGCUGUGAGGCAAGGUGGAAGGACUAAGACGGAGUAUCAGGUUAAUGAAAGCAUGAGGUGGCUCUUAGGCAGCAGCUGGAGGAAAUUUGGACAUGCUGACAGGGGAAACUACGACUGGUUAACUAGUGAACCAGGUGUGCCACUUCUGGAAACACAGUUGCAGAGCAGACAUCAGAUCAGCUCAACCAAAGACGACGUAGAACCAUUUCUAUGCAUCAUCCUGCCUGCCACCAUGCUGCUCUUCCUGGCAUUCCUGCUGCUCUUCCUAUACCGCCGCUGCCGUCGACCCAGCCCCCAGGGGCAGAUCUUCAGUAUUGAUCUCCCAGAGCACCUACCUGAGCGUGAUGUGUCCGAUUUCCUUUCAGUGCUGCCCUGGAACAGUGAGCAGAAUUUCCACUACUCCACUCUGCUCCCUGAAGCCACCUUCCUCACUGUAAGCUUGCCUCCAUCAUAUGAGGAGGCCACUAUGAAACCUCCUAUGGGAGAGACUCACAUUGAGUUUUCUCAGGAUCCAGUGCCUCCUUAUGAAGAGAGUACACACUGGCCAACCAACAGUAAAUAAACUUCCUAAGGAAACACCUUUGGCUGAAGCUUGCAACCCAUCAAGGCAUAAACAGGAGACCACUAGUCAUUAACGUUAGUGACAAAAUUUUCAAACGGGGAAACAACAAAUUUAAUGGAGGAAGGAGCUUGGGUUGAUGUGGGAUUACUUUAACACAUUUAAUGAUUCAGCAUUUCUAACCUCAAUUCAUAGCAGCAAACACAGCUAAAUACCAGGUUGGUGUGGGAUGGGAGGAAUUGUGGGGAUAAAAUGAAUGAUGUACCUCAUACAUGAGCUAAAUUGAAGGGCACUCACUUAGGUUAGAGAGCUGAAUCUAGGA